AUGUCGACAGCUAUCGCCGAGGACCUCGUCGGUGCCUCUUUGAAGGCUCUUGCCAAAGGCGCUGGCGAAGAAGCCGUCAGUGAGAUCUGCUCUUCGCUGAUGGGUAGCGUCUUUGGUGGAGGCGACGAUUCUAGUGCUGCAGCUGAUGCAAAGAUUCUCGAUCAGCUCAGCCAGAUUAUGUCCAGCCUUAGCCAAGUCCAGGACUCUCUGAAUCGAAUCGAGCAGGCUGUCGCUCAGGUAGAUCUUGACGUUGCUGCCGCCGCCAUCCAGCAGCAGGUCUCCAUCAUCAACUCGACCUAUGAUACAUACUUUGAUGGCUUGAAUGGUCUUGCUGCAGCAGCGAAAGGGACGGACCCUGCCUCUCCGCAAAACUUCGCACAAUACCGCGAUCGCCUUGUGGGGGAGUCAAUUAACGUCAAGAACAAUAUUCCUACCAACUUGAACAUCAUUCACGGGUUCAUCAUUGACCAGGACUUCCUCGGAAAGCUAGCAACAGCCAGCAGCCCAGGUAUAGAUAUCGUCGAUUUCUAUAGCAAGGUGAAGCUUCCUUUGAUCAAGAUUGCGAUGGUUGAGAUAAAGGGAGUCCACCUCCUUCGCCUUGCUGGCGCCGCAAAUCAGGAUCCCAGAGUCGACUUUCCUGAUGCUGCAGUUGCCAUCCAACGUGCACUAUCAAACAUGGAACUGCAAGACCAGGCACUGCCGUCAGCAAUCGGUGCGGAGACCUGUGGCUUUGUAUCUGGCAUGCUAACCAGUUACCCCAAGCCGGCGCCAGCCUGUAUCAGCCCUCUUGAAACAAGGGGACUCACCUUUGGCAACCAGAAUGGCGACUCGACAUGGUACGGAUCUGAAAAUGCCCAACUAUGGCAUAUUGAGCCAGCGAACGACAACUGCAUUAUUACGGAUGGCUCGAAGGUCAAUGCAUUCCGCUUGCUACACGUGGAUUCGAAUAAAUACCUAUCUAUCCAAACUAAACCCAAUCUCCCUAUAUUUAAUCUCAAAGUUUUCAACCUGGGAGCGGAAGAUUUUGAUAAGGCAGCAAUCUGGAAUUUCCAUUUGACUACUGACAAGAAACUUCAAAUACAAUCCCAAGAUUAUCAAGAUACCUACCUUACGGGAGUAAAGGACUUUGGAGAUGACUAUCAAUCUCUUCAUUAUGUUUACCUGGCGCAAGACUACGGCAAUCGUGCGAAAGAUACUCAGACAUUCGUUGGUAACACGUACCAAGGCCCAGUCGGCGACUUCUGGCCUGGCAACGUCACCGAGAUGCACGAUGGAGAGUACUUGAUUCCAGGAUCUUAUCUCUAUGACAAUCACCAAACGUACAGCUUUGGCUUCAGAGACAACAAGCUUGGAGUUUGGGACAUCAAAACCAAUACCUGGAAAUGGGAUUUCGGUAUCCUUGUGGGUAUGUCCCGCAACUAUUACCUCAGAUUCUCAAACAGUGGCGUAUUGACGCUGUAUCAUCGGUCUGACGCGCUCCGGGCCUGGGGUCCACCAAACCGAGGUGGGACUUGCUAUGUACUGGGAAUGUCAUAUGGGGGUUCCUUGUUGAUUGAAACUGGCGAAGCUAUGUAUGGCAACUGGUCCAGUGACAAACCAGAUAUGGUACAAUUAUCGGAUUCAUAG